AUGGCUCCCAAGAAGUCUACCCAUGAAGUCUCCGAGGCUGCCCUCAAGGCCAAAACCGCCAAGCGUGUGGCUAAGUUCGAGCGGGAUGAUGCGUCGGGUGUUACAGCCCACGCUACCGCUCAACUGGCUGCUUUGGAGGCCGACCGCCGGACUCGGAAGUUGGCUCGAGAGGCCGAUACCGUCGAACGGCGCGUCAAUAAGAGGAAAGUGGCGAUGACUCGAGGGUCUAUGACCCAUUUAACGGUCAAGCAACGGGUCGAAAUUUUCGACCGUUCAGAAGCAAACAAGCGGCGAGAAGGACUCGAGAAGCUGCGGAAGAGGUCGGAUCGAAACCCGGCCAGCAUUAAGGCCUUUACAGCAAGGUCCAAUGCCAAGUGGAACCCUGUGGAAUUGGCUAAGCGCAAACUCGUCAAAACAGCCCGCAUCCUGUUUUGUGAUGUCUGUUCGGUGGCCUUCCCACGCUUCCGAACGGAUUGGCACCAACGCCACCACAAUUCUUUACCACGCCACAAGGCGAAUGUGGCGGCAGCCAAUGCCAAGACUGAGGCUAAGGCUGCAGUCGAGCCCGAGUUUGAGCCUGGGUGGAAGAAGGAAUUCGAUGAAUGA